GUCGUGCUACGAGCAUAAAGGAUUCUCCAACAAGCCCGGCUUACUACUGCUGAUGUCGCGAAUUACGCGCCCCCUCACUGGCACACUGAUUAGCUGAAAAACACCUUUUGCUUUGCUUCUUUCCCUCGUAGCCGCCCUUCCCAGAACUUGAGAUCAAUACUUCUGAAUAAAAGAAAACAGGAAAGGAGUCCCGGCGGCAGCUGCCUUCUCCUCAAAGGCGCGAGGUAGCAAUGGCCGGACGAAAUCAUCCUUACUCAAGACAACAGCAUCGUCGUCCUUCAAUUGACGGACCCCGACUUCUCCACCAAGGCCUUCAUCGACCUCACCCUGCCGCUCUAAUCGAGGCCCAACAGCGGGAGAUCCAAGCUCUCCUCCUCGACAACCAGCGCUUGGCCGCCACCCACGUGGCACUGAAGCAGGAGUUGGCCGUCGCCGACCAGGAGCUCCGCCACCUCUCUUCCACAGCCGUCAGCGUCAAGGCCGAUACCGAUGCUCGGGUGCACGAGGUUUACGAGAGGUCGCUCAAAACCGAGGCGGAGCUCCUCUCGAUUGAUGAACUCGGUGCUGAUUUGUCUCAGGUAAAAACUGAUAUUCAGAAUAUGACGGCCGACCGUAAAGAAUUCACGUCAAAGCUGCGUGAACUCAACGAAGAGCUCGUGUUGGCCCACUCUGAAUUGGAGCAAUUGCCUGCGAUCCAAGAGGAAAUUCAGGACAUGCGCCAGGAAAUAAAAAGAGGAAGGGCGGCUAUUGAAUAUGAGAAGAAGAUGCAUGCCACUAACCUUGAACAGAGCCAGAUUAUAGAGAAAAAUAUGAUAUCUAUGGCUCAUGAAAUUGAAAAACUGCAUGCUGAGCUUGCAGAUGCAGAAAAGCGAGCAAGGGCAGCAGCUGCAGCAUCCACUGCAGCUACUCCAGCUCCUGGUUAUGCAUCUGUCUACUCUGAGGCUGUAUAUGGUGGGAACUUGUAUUCGGACCACUACCCAAUGCAGCAGGUUCAAGGUGGUAUUAAUGUCAGUACUCAGUACGGCCCUGGAGGAGUGCCUCAUGGAACUAGUGCGCCUUAUGACGUUCAAUGGUCAAAUGUACAUAGAUAGGUUGUUGCUGUAGAAUUUGUGAAGCUCAACUGAGAAAUUUUGCUUCAUUGGCUACCUACCCCGCAGAAAUUUGACCAGCUGUUUAGUGACCUAAAAGAACAGUUUGGUUGAGUUAAAAGAGCGUCUAGACAGAAAUACAGAAUUAGGCGUGCAAUUUUAAAAACAUGUAAAGAGGAUUAGAAUUUAGAAAUGUGAAAUUUUAAAAACUUACAAAGAGGUGCCUACAAGCCAUUGGAUUCACCCCCAUGGCUAGGGGAAGCCUCUUAGAAUCCUCUACGAUGUAGGUUUGGGUUAGAAUCAUAUGCUUAGUUGAUAGGGAUAGAAAGCGCGUGGAGUUAGGAGGAUUUUUUUUUUUUUUUUUUUUUGAGAAUGAAUUUGUGCUUGGAGGUAGAGGUGUUAAAAUGGGUGAUUUAGAUGGAUUUGGAUUGGUUAAAAUGGGUAAUAGGAGUGAGUCAAUUCAUUUAUAUCCAUUUAAUUAAAUGGGUAUAAAUGGGUAGGUCAA